AUGAAGAAAGCCCAGGACAGACAAAAGUCUUACGCUGACGUCCGACGGACCGACUUACAAUUUCAAGCCGGCGAUAAGGGUUUUCUCAAGGUACCCCCGUCGAAAGGGAUAACGCGUUUUGGUGUUAAAGGAAAGUUGAAACCGCAUUUUAUCGGACCUUAUGAAAUUCUUGAAGAAGUAGGACCCGUAGCCUAUCAAUUGGCGCUACCGCCAAGCCUUGGGAACGUGCACAACGUCUUUUCAUGUGUCGCAAUUGCGGAAAUACUUGUUCGACCCGAAGCACGUGAUUCACUACGAGGAAGUUGCCAUGAAUCCGGAUUUGAGUUACGAGGAGCAACCCAGAUGAUCUUGGACCGUAAGGUUCAAUUCUUGAGGAACAAAUCUAUUGCCAGCGUAAAAGUACUUUGGAGAAACCACGAAUUCGAGGAAGCCACGUGGGAGCUCGAGGAUAAAAUGAUGGAACUGUACCCGGAACUCUUUCCAUGA